GUCGCUGGCAAACCAUGGAUUCUGAUGCCGGACACUAAUCCUGGUGAUCUGACAAAAUUAUGCAACCACAAAAGAAAAAUAAUGGGGUUGGUAUCGGCUGACUGCAAACCGCCUGAUCACGUCAACAAAUUGCAGCGAAGAGAAUAUAUCAAGAGAAGUAAGCGGAAAAUAGGGCUGCCGUAUGCCGGUGGGAUUCCCAUCUCGCAGAUACCUUCUCAACGAGAAAAAGUAGCUUUAAAUCAACACAGCUUUAAUAAGGACCCAGCUGGAAAUCCGCAACAGGUCUUCCCUCAAACCCCAGUGAAUAAUCAGCAGAUCAUUUCAAACCGGUUUCCCAACUACCAGGAGCCCCAACAGAACCACCACCUAGUAAGGUACCAAGACGGUACUGUAAUGGUACAACAAGCCAACAAUCCUGCCAACAUAUCGUCGCAGCAAAUGACUCAGAACCAUCAUGUACCGCAAAAUGGCAGUUCGAUAAACAUACAGUCACAUCAGAUUAUCGGUCCCAAUGGGCAGAUAAUCAACGUACAGGGUACUCUCGGCUCCUCCAACCAGAACCAGCAAGUGAGUCAGUUGGCACAGAGUCAGAACAUGGUGCAGCCUCAAGAGCUCCAUCAGCAUAGGAUAUUUAUCAACGGACAACCAAAUGAACCUACUGGACCAGGAAGGCCGAAUGUUCAGAUGGUACCUGUCAGCAUUCCGAACCAACAAAACAUCAAUCAACAGCGACAAGAAAUGCAACAGAGGAGUCAGCACCAACAACAACAACAGCAACAACAGAUGCAGUUCUACAACAACCACCUUGCUUUCCAACAUGGACAUCCUUAUGAUCCCAGUAAAAAUGUUAGGCCUUUUGGACAGAUGAUGCAGCACGCUUUCAGACCUCACAGUGUGACCAAUCAUCCGAAUCAGCUUACACAUGCACCAGUGCAAAUACAAAAUCAACAACAGAGGAUGCAGUGGCAUAAUAAUCGUUUACAACAAACCAUUACCCAGCAACAGCAGCAGCAGCAACAACAUCAACAUCAGCAACAGUUGCAGCAGCAGCAGUUGCAGCAGCAACAGCUUCAACAACAGCAACAAUCUAACCAAUCUAGCAUCUGUGAACGAGUGCCUCCUCUCCAUCAACACACUCCACCUCCAGUCGUGUGGCAAGAAGAAAUCAAGAGGAAAAAAGUUAAGCUGGGUAAAGUCAACAAGAACCGACCAUACCAUAUGAUGGAGGGCUGUCCCACCAACCACGCUCCUUGUCCCAACAUUGAUGUGAGGCAAAUACCAGCAGAAAGCAGAGCUGUGAUAAUAAACCACUUUCCGCAGAAUAAUCAGAACUCGGCGAGUCCGUCUUUCAUGGAGGAUCCCAGUGGAUAUUUGGCGCAGCAGACUGCUCUGCUCAAUAGUACCAUCAAUAGGCAGACAGGUGCCAAUGGUUGCACUGGAUAUGUCUGCAAUAGUCCUGUAACUUCUGUUCAGAAUCCGCAACAGCACAUCAUUACAGUAUCGAAUUCUCAAGGCAAUGAAGUUCCUCUUCCAAGCAACAUUGCUGCGUCUCAAAUGAAAACCCAGCCCAUGAAUAUGCCUGCUAAACCAAUUCAGAAUGUGAACUUCGUGCGGAACCAGCAACCUACUCCUAAUGUCGGGCAGCAGCAGUACAGUCAAGUGCAAGUCCAACCGAACUUAGCUGACAGUAGCGCUUUACCAGAUCAGCAUCAGUACUCUAUGCAUUGUCACUGCUGUGUAGCUGAUAAUACGCAGCAGAAUCAGUAUCAAAAUCAAAAGAUCAGUUCGAGGGCAAGUAGUACUUCUGGAACUCCGAGCUCAUCAGGUACCCUAGAAGAUCCAGUCACAUCAUCCACUUAUUCUGAGAAGCAGUUCAAUCAAACAUCACCUGAUUCACGACCAAUACAAGGCGGCACAGUCAGUACAAGCAAUGUUUCACCUACUGAUGGCAAUUCCUCCAAUCCUCCUACACCCAAUCCACACACUUCAAACCCGCACACUCCCAAUCCUCAUACUCCUAAUCCUCACACCCCAAAUUCUCACACUCCGAAUCCCCACACUCCAAAUCCCCACACUCCCAAUUCCCACACCCCCAAUCCCCACACCCCUAAUCCUCAGACUCCCAAUCAUCAUGUUCCUAAUCCUCACACUCCUAGUCCUCAUAUUGCUAAACCUCCAAAUCCUAAUCUUCAUAUUGCUAACCCUUCCAAUCCCAAUCCUCACUCUAUUAAUCUUCAUACUUCCAAUGCUCCUAAUCUUCACAACCCCAAUCCUCAUGCCAUGAAUUCACAUAAUCCUCAUUCUUCAAUUCCACCUCAAAGGAUUUUGGACUCUUCGCAAAUAAUUAAUAAUGGAGUUCCAUUUGUGACUUAUUCUCAACAGUCACAGAUGCAUCAUAUGGAUCAUGUCGGUCAGUCUAGAGAAACAAGUUAUCCCAAACUCGAGACAGUGUGUUGUUCGUAUGCACAUCCCUCACGAAUGGCAGGGCUGGUUACCACCAUGGCAAGUGGUAGGACCGUAGGCAGUAACACCAUCACAUCUGUUCUCGCUGGUCGAGCUAAUACGGCUACCGUUUCAAUCAACAGCCCUUCAUCAGUAGCAGGUUCUUCGCCGCCCAACUCCUUCGCAAACCCUUCAUCGAUUCAAACUCAAGCAAUAACUGUGAACGUUUCAAAAUCUCCACUGGAGAUGGUGCAGAGUGUUGUUAGCAGCAUAGUUCCUCAUUCACAGCAGGUCCACCAAGGCCAGACUGGAUCGCAAAUGUCACCUCAAAUUAUAAAGCAUUCACCAACAGGUCUGUCACCAGGUCACAUUUUCGUUUCAUCCGGAGGUCAGCUCAUCAUGGCUAGUACCGGAAAUGGACAAGGAGGUAUGAUGGCGCCGCCUCCUCCGAAACUUAUUGCCAGUCAGAGCGGCAUGCCUCCAAUCUCUGUGUCUCCAAUGGUAACCAAUGUUACCGGCUCCAUGGCCCAAGUGAUACCUGCGGUCGCGCAGCAAGUCCUUGGCCAGCAAACUGUCUUGGUCAACGCUUUGCCAGCUCCAUUUGUGCUCCAACCAGGUGUUACCAUGACGAUGGACGGCAUGCAGAACAUGCAGCUACCACAACUGAUGGCCAGUAAUGUAAUCCAGCAACAGAUUCAAAUUGACAAUUCGGACGCGAGAAGACUGCCAGCUCUACUUUCGCCGGAGACCAAGAAGAAGGUGAAGAAGAAGAAGGGCUCUCCACAGACUGUGGCCAGCAUGUUGCAUAUUGCCGCUCAGCAGAAUUCCGGUGUAGUUAUGUCCCAGCAAGGGUUUCCGCAACAAAUUCAGAUGUCGCACAGUCCUCAAGGUAUAACGACCGGUCCAGUGAUGCAGGCACUCACCAUUGUUCCCAGCAAGACUGGCGGGCCUCCACAGAUUGUGAUGAACGGCCAAGCGAUGGCCAACACCAACUUAGGCACUCAACAACUGAUCACCAACUCGCAACCAGCGCAACAAAUCAAUCUCCUGCAGCCCGUGAAUCUGAUAAAUGGAACAACAGGAGUUGUUCAGAAUUUUCCCGCCAUCCAGCAAUUCAUUGUUCCUAAUCUGGGAGGAAUGGUCAUGAACCCAGAUGGCACAGCAACUAUUUUGCAGGAUGCUUCGAAUUUGGGGAUGCAGCUUCAGAUACAGAAUGUAAAUGGUCAAAACGUUUUAACGCCAGUCCAAAACAACGCUAUGUUCAAUGGCGGGCAAAGUAUUCUGGCUGCUGGCCCAGCAGGGAUGGUAAUUCGGACACCGACUUCGCAAGGGAAGAUUAUACAGCAACAGCAGCAUAGUCCUGGAGCACAGUUUUUGUCUCCUAACGGAGGGCAGUUUGUGGUCAAUGGGACUCAGUUCAGUGGUCAAUUGAGUCCACUCGUUGCCAGCGUGAGUCCUAACCAGCAAGUAACUUUCAGCACAUCGCCACAGCAGAUAAGAACAAGCAAUUCAAAUAUGCAACCUCAACAAGAAUACAUCCAGAUGAAUGGACAGAUGGGUCAGACUUUAAUGGUUCCUUGCACCCCUGCCACCAAUAUAGCAGUGUCAUCAUCCAAUCAGCAGAACACCACGUUUGUUCAACAGAACACGACCAUCGUGCAACAACAGACCACCAUGGUGGCCAAUAACCAGCAGUUACAGAACUUCCAGCAGCAAAACACUCAGCAGAACCAACAGAACAUGGCGAGAACGGCGACCUUGAACUUGGAUCAGCAAAACUACAUAGUAAGCUCCAAUGAUAAUAAGCAGAUGCAGGCCGUUAUUGUACAACAGAGAGAUAACCCUCAAGCUGCUGUUAACUACAAGCAGUCUGUAUCAACCCAGACGGCAGUUAAUCAGAAUGCUCAGUCUGUUACGACAAAUACCUUCUGUCAGACCUCGACGAUUUCUGCUGGUAGUCCUCCGGAUACUACAACUCUGAGCCCAUUGCCACUGGCACCUGGAGGACAGAGUCCGCCCACCGCUGAUACUACUACUCAUACGGGUAGCACGGAUGAUGGAUUGUCACCAGCCCCUUCAAAUUGUUCUGCCAGUUGUAGCGAUGUGAACGUUCAAUCGAGACCACAGUCAUGCACGAUGGCCAUGGUACACUGCAUCUCUAGUAGUGAACCCGACUCUGCCGAUCUGAACCAAAGCACUGAAAUAGAGUGGCGAAGAAAUCAGCAGGGAGGUGCCACUCCAAAGCAGCAUUACGGGGAUUUGACCCACUUCGGCAAAAGGUCGACCCCAACGCAUGUCGCUUUUGCAGAGUCUUCAACUUUAGUGUCAGGAUUGCAGUACGUUUCAGAACAUAUGAAGCCCCAGGACGCUGUUAUCAGUUCAAGAAACUACGAGAGGAUGAUGCAUAAGCGGAAGGCCAGCGAGAGUCUCGGACAUGUGUUACUCGAAGCACACCAUCGACAAACUGCAUUGUUUGAAGAUGAUGAAGAAGAGAAGAAUAAUAUUCAAACGAAGAGGUUUACUUUGGGCGAGUUGGUCUGGGGUCCAGCCAAAGGUUGUUCGGCUUGGCCUGGCAAAAUCAUAAAACUUCACGAUGCAUCCGUUAGCGUAAAAUGGUUUGGAUCAGAAAAGUUCGUUUCUGAAAUCGAUUGUCAUUCGUUGCAGACGCUGAGUGAAGGCCUUGAUGCCCACCAUCAGGCACGAAAAAAGUUGAGAACAAGUCGCAAACUGAACAACCAACUUGAGAAGGCUAUCCAAGAAGCUAUGUCAGAACUCGACAAUGACACGGAAGAUGUUUCUAAGAAAAGAACGACAGAAUCCAAAAAUCUGAAAAUAUCGAAAAUGCCGGUGCUCCAGACCUCGUCAAGAAAAAUGUCAGGCCGCGUCAAAAGCAGCUUCCAUUGAAAGAGACCCACAUUGAUAGAUGACAAUUGUAUAAAUGUAUGUAGUUUAUUGAAAGAAAUUGACUAUAAAUGUAGAAAUAGAUAAAUUACUAAUGCUUUUUUAACAUUCUACCUUUUUGAGAUGUGUUACAAUAUAUUUCACAUAACAUUGUGGAGAAAAUUUUAGUAACAGAUGAAAUAUUGAUUUUCUUGCAUAUCAUUGUUGAAAAAUAUUCGUAUCACAACUCACAGAGUAGACCAAUAUUGCAUACUGGUACCAUGUCCUAGAAUCUAGUUUGUAAUCAUAUGAAAAUAUUUUUCAGAAUACCUUUUUCAACUAGUUAAGUUAGGGCGAAAUCUUGUAAUAGCCAAAACCUAGAAUUUACACCACUACAGAUUCAUUUUACAUAAGACCAUAUAAUUCUAACUAAAUGUGGGCUUUGAUUGAUGCCCCUCGUAAUUACGAACGAAUGAGGAGUAGCUGUGAAAAAUAAUUAGUUUACUUUCAAACAUAGUCACUCGAUGACACCAAUAAUCAUAAAGUUUGCGCUUUUACAGUUUAUCAUGCUUGUCCCUUGUUUGAGUCAUUAAUAAUAAACUAUGUCUUUCCUGGUUCAAGAUAGUUGCCAUUUCACUUUUUGGUCUUAAGUUCGGUUAUUCAGUUUAAUUGAAUAUUUGAGGCAAAAUGUAGUUACAGGUUUUUUUAUACCUGUUGGAUAUUACUUUGAAAUAAUAUGAAUAUUUUUCACCUGAAGAGCUAAAACAAUGUUAGUUAUCCAAAUAUAAUUAGUUUUGAAAGAUCAUAUGAAAUCUCUUGAUAUUCAGUGUAGGCAGAAAGUUAUGGAUAACUCAAGCGAAAUUGAGCUAACUUGUUCGAUUGAUGACCUAUUUAUUUUUUAGAAAUUCAUAGUGAAUAUAUUUAUAGUGUCUAAUUUCUACUAAGUUUGUUAUUUGUUAUGACCGGUUUAGGUUUGUUACACCACUCUCAGUUACUUAGUUACCUGUCGUAACAAAUAAUAAACUUAGUAGAAAUUGGACAAAAGUACUUGGUAUUGUACCAAAUAUUGAAAAACUUUUGUUUGAAGGUGGUUGACAAUGUUUCCUGGUGAAUUUCAUUAGUCCGUUCUUCCAUUG